CGCCCGCCCGCCCCGCCGCAGCCGCCGCCGCCGCCGCCGCGCUCGGCCCAGUCGCGCUGAGAGAGGCCGCGCCGAGGCGAGCACCGCCGCCUGCCACCCGCACGACACUGCGACUGAUGAGAGUUAAAGGCCAUGGAUGAAGAUGGGCUUGAAUUGCAGCCACAUGAGCCAAAUGCAUUUUUUGAUCCAACAGGAGCGGAUGCCGCACAUAUGGAUGGAGAUCAGAUUGUUGUGGAAGUACAGGAAACAGUAUUUGUUUCAGAUGUAGUCGACUCAGAUAUAACUGUGCAUAAUUUUGUUCCUGAUGAUCCAGAUUCUGUAGUAAUCCAAGAUGUCAUUGAGGAUGUUGUUAUCGAGGAUGUUCAGUGCCCAGAUAUCAUGGAGGAGCCAGACGUAUCUGAAACUGUCAUUAUUCCUGAACAAGUGCUGGACACAGACGUAGCUGAAGAGGUUUCUUUGGCUCAUUGCACUGUCCCAGAUGAUGUUUUAGCUUCUGACAUAACAGCAGAAGCAAUGUCUAUACCAGAACAUGUGCUGACGAGCGAGUCAAUGCAUGUGCCUGAAGUUGGACAUGUAGAACAUGUAGUUCAUGAUAAUGUUGAAGAAGCAGAUAUUGUCACUGAUACUCUGGGAACAGAUGUUGUUUCUGAAGAAGUCUUGGUGGCAGACUGCGCAUCAGAAGCAGUGAUCGAUGCCAAUGGAAUCCCUGUGGAACAUCAAGAUGAGAAGGGCAACUGUGAAGACUACCUUAUGAUUUCCCUGGAUGAUGCUGGUAAGAUAGAACAUGAAGGUUCUGCUGAAAUGACCAUGGAAGCAGAGUCAGAAAGUGGCUCUUGUAAAGUGGAUGGCAUUUGUCCAGAAGUCAUCAAGGUCUAUAUAUUCAAAGCAGAUCCUGGAGAAGAUGAUUUAGGGGGCACAGUAGACAUUGUGGAGAGCGAGCCAGAGAAUGACCACACCGUUGGAUUGCUCGAUCAAAACAGCAGUAUUCGGAUUCCAAGGGAGAAAAUGGUUUACAUGACUGUAAAUGAUUCUCAGCACGAAGAUGAAGACUUAAAUGUUGCAGAAAUAGCUGAUGAGGUUUAUAUGGAAGUGAUUGUAGGAGAGGAGGAUGCAGCAGUAGCCCAUGAACAGCAAAUUGACGACAAUGAAAUCAAAACUUUCAUGCCUAUAGCUUGGGCAGCAGCUUAUGGUAAUAAUAACGAUGGCAUAGAGAGUCGGAAUGGCACUGCAAGUGCUCUUUUGCACAUAGAUGAGUCAGCUGGACUUGGGAGACUGGCUAAGCAAAAACCAAAGAAGAAGAGGAGACCUGAGUCUAGGCAGUAUCAAACAGCAAUAAUCAUCGGCCCCGACGGUCAUCCGUUGACAGUCUACCCCUGCAUGAUUUGCGGAAAGAAAUUUAAGUCUAGAGGUUUCUUGAAAAGGCACAUGAAAAACCACCCGGAGCACCUUCUCACCAAGAAGAAAUACAGAUGCACAGACUGUGAUUACACUACGAAUAAAAAAAUCAGUUUACACAACCACUUGGAGAGUCACAAGCUGACCAACAAAACCGAAAAGCUGAUCGAGUGCGACGAGUGCGGGAAAAGCUUCUCUCACGCGGGCACUUUAUUUACUCACAAGAUGGUGCACAGGGACAAAGGAGUUAACAAAAUGCACAAGUGCAAAUUCUGCGACUACGAGACAGCAGAACAAGGGUUGCUGAGUCAUCACCUGUUGGCUGUCCACAGCAAGAACUUUCCUCACAUUUGCGUGGAGUGCGGCAAAGGCUUCCGCCACCCCUCGGAGCUGAAGAAGCACAUGCGGAUCCACACCGGCGAGAAGCCCUACCAGUGCCAGUACUGCGAGUACCGAUCCGCUGACUCUUCCAACUUGAAAACCCACGUAAAGACUAAGCACAGUAAGGAGACCCCUUUAAAGUGUGACAUUUGUUUCCAGACUUUUUCAGAUACCAAAGAGCUACAGCAGCAUACGCUCAUGCAUCAAGAAAGUAAAACGCACCAGUGUUUGCAUUGUGACCACAAGAGCUCCAACUCGAGCGACCUGAAGCGACACAUCAUUUCGGUCCACACGAAAGACUACCCUCACAAGUGUGACAUGUGUGACAAAGGCUUUCACAGGCCUUCCGAACUGAAAAAACACGUGGCGGCUCACAAGGGGAAAAAACUGCACCAGUGCAGACACUGUGACUUUAAGAUUGCAGAUCCCUUCAUCCUGAGCCGCCACAUACUCUCGGUUCACACAAAGGAUCUUCCCUUCAGGUGCAAGAGAUGUAGGAAGGGCUUUAGGCAACAGAACGAGCUGAAAAAACACAUGAAAACACACAGCGGCAGGAAAGUUUAUCAGUGUGAGUACUGUGAGUAUAGCACUACAGACGCCUCGGGCUUCAAGCGGCAUGUCAUUUCCAUUCACACAAAAGACUACCCUCACCGGUGUGAGUACUGCAAGAAAGGCUUCCGAAGGCCUUCAGAGAAGAACCAACACAUUAUGCGGCAUCACAAAGAUGUUGGCCUGCCUUAAAGUCCCUUUCACAGGCUAAAGUCUCUUUCACAAGGCUUAACGGGGCUGGAAUUAGAAAGGAAUUUUGCCUCUGGGGCAGUUAGCUUAUUUUAAAGCCAAUCUCACCCAGGAUCACACACAAAACAAACAAAAACAAAAGCAAAACAACAACAACAACAACCACCACCAACAAAACCCACCCAACAAAACAUACUGUGCGUUUGAUUUGUUGCUGUAUAAAAAUAGGAUUCUCGCUUCUAGUUGACUUUUAUACCCUUUUGUUCCAUAGCGUGUUCUGAAUUCUCUUCAGUUUGUUUAAUAAAUGAAGCAAAGGUGGCAACAAUAAAAGUUGCAUUUAAUAAAAAGUAAACCCCUGUCUCUUACUGAAUUUUUCAACCCUAAUAGUUUUAUUUAAGUAUAUUUAACUGACCUCGUUGGUAACUCAACCGUGUCCAUGUUAAUGCAGUUUUGUCAUGAGUUUAAAAGACAAAAGAAACCUUAUUAGGUUUCUCUUGGUAAAAUUGUAUUAAAAGAGGGAUUGUGAUGUUAAAGAUAAAAGUCACUCAAGCCCACCUGGUUGUCUUUGUUUUGACUCUGCAGGACUUUGUGGCAGGUUAACUAUUUUCCGUGUGAGGAGUUACUCUAUCGCAGAAAAUUUCUGCCUCGUUAAUUUCAGGUUUCAGAGAAAACAACAACAAAAAAAAAGCUGUUUUGGGGCAAUCUGUUCACUUUAUUUGCCUGGUUUCAAUGUACGCUCAAAAUACCACAUUUAUUGUUCCGUGCUUCUUUGUCUUUGAAAAGGUUUUGUGUGUUACAAAUGAAUUGUUGGGUUGUUUUUUCUUUCAGUUUACUACUGUCUUAAAUGUUGGAUACAUGAAAUGCUCUUGUUCCAUUUGCAGAGUUACUCGGUGACGGCUGUCUGUACGUGCUGGUAAACGUACCUCAGGCUUAAUGCUUUCCUCUCUGUGCGUCUGUACGUGUGUGUGUGUUAGCAUUUCUUUGACAAACAGUUUGUGGUUCAAGUCACAACUUUGAUGUCAGUUGCUUCAGAAUAAAAUGUUAAGACCAAGAGGUGCCUCGGUUUUGGAACUGAGAUACUUCCAGUGAGAGCUUCCGAGGGGGAUGGAGCAAAGCAGAAGUGUUGAUAAGAAGUAGAAGUGUCUUAACGUAGAAAACUUUAGUUAGGGAAGUUAACUCAAGGACAGUAACAGAACUCUUUCUAAACUGGGUUUUUUUCCUGAGCCAUUAGCAGUCGUGUUAAGCUGCUGUUUAUUAAUUAGUAGAGUAUCCAGAAUUAACCCAGUUCUUUUAAUCUGUUCUGCAAACAGCUGGGAGAAGAUGACAAUUAUUACAUGCAGUUUUCCCACCUGAAGACUAUUACAAACUAGCGCUGUAUUGUUUGCUGAUUGCAGCGGAACUGUUCCUGAGCACCGAGCCCUGUGUGCCUCAGCAGCAGCUCUGGAGUGAAAAACCCAAAUCAUUUCUUUACGUGCCAGAUGUCAGGACCUGGCCCUCCUCCCCUCACGCAGAUUCCCACCGAAGCUACUGGCUGGUGAUGGACUGCAGAAUCUGGGCCCAGCUGCCUGCCAGAUUAGGGUGGAUUUGUAGCCAACAAUUUGCUAAUGGAAAGAGUUCAGAGCCUGGCCCAGUGCUAGCUCUAGUUCCCAGGCAGGUAAAUUUCCUAUUUAAACCAAACAGGAAUUCUAGUCCUGAUUUCAGGUGUGGGGUGAUAAAGGGACAGAGGUUUCCUUUCAGAUGCGCAUCUUGUAAGCCUUUUGUGUUCUGUUACUGACCCCAGCUCUUACCCCUCAGCCCUUCCUUAAGCUGAACUACUUGUGUGUAGUUUGCAGCUCAGGACAGUCUCUUGCCAUGUCACCACCACCUUCCAUGAUUUCUUUUUCCUUUGGACUCCUGCUUGACAGUGCCCCCAGCCUUUGUCCAGCGUGCUCUUGUGUGACAUCGCUACUCGUGGCCCGUGAACCUUCAGUGUGUAAUACCCUAAGUGUGCUGCACUGUGCCUUGGCUGAAAUCCCCGCUCAACUCAGUGGAUUUCCUACAUGGCUGUAGCUGUCUUUUGUCCGUUGCCUACCGAUUGCCAAACGGGAUGCAGUAAAACCCAGUAGAGAUUUUUUUACUCUCCGUGUCUUGCAGCAUAACCCUCCUGUGACAUUGGGGUUGUUCGUUUUGGUUGGGUUGUUUUUUUUUUCUUAUCUUCCCCUUAAGCAUUUUCUAAUUAGCAACCCAAAAAUGCCAAUUUCCCCAUGGCAUUGCCCAGGAUUUUAGCCAUUUUGAACCUGAUUUUUUUUGUUUGUUUGUUUUUAAAUAAGCUGAAAGACAAAGAACACCUUUUUUUUUUUUUUUUUACAUCUUUUUCUUUCUCUUACAUAGCCUGGAAUCAUACACACUUUUUUUUUUCCUUCUUUCCCCCCCCUUUGUUUUAAAGCACAAUGUUGGAAAAAAAAAAAACAUUUUUUUUUUAAUAAUUAAGGGUUUGGUCAAGUGGAUUUUGUAAAAUGUAUUUGUCUGUAUAAAGAGAAAAAAAAUGGAAUUAUAGUUAUUGUUAAUGUACUGACAUUAGUUACAGGUUAGUUUUAAUUCUGAAAUGAUUUGCUUAGCAAAUGCUAUAAAAUGGAUGUUUCAGUUUAAUGUUUAAAAAAAAAAACCAAACAAAACAACAACAACAAAAAAGGUACAGAUUUUUACAAGGACAUAAUAUAAAUUAUUGUUCUGUAGAAAAGACCCUGUUAAAUAUUGUAUACGUCCUUCCCUCUGUACACUUUGUAAAAAAGGCAAAAGGAAAAAAAAAAAACCAACAAAGUACAUAGAAUCAUAUAGGGAUGUGUGACAUUAUUGUAAUGGUGUACUUGAUAAUAACGUGGAAAACAACAAAAAAAUAAAAUUCAGAAUAUUUUCCUGUUAA